AUGAAACUCCAUGCUGCAGCUAUCCUCAUCAUCUGCCUUGGCGUCUUCACUGUGCACACGGUGAAAGGGAGCAUUGCAAGUCAGACCAUGCGCAAAUCCAGUUGUGUAAGUCUGUCUACACAGCAACCAAACAUCCGAAACCUUGUCAGCUAUGAAAAGCAACAAGUUCCAGUAGAUGCCAUCAGGUUUACCACCACAAAAGGUAUCAAGAUCUGCGCAAGUCCUGAUCAGAAAUGGGUGCAGGCUGCUAUAAAGAAAAUAGAUCAAAAACGUACCACCAAAGCCAAAAAAUCCUGUCCCAAGAAAGCAUCUAAGGCCAACUAA